AUGGUGGACGCAAAGAUUCAAGAGCUCAUGGCCAAGCCGCGGCACGAGUUGACUGAGUACGAGGUCGCUCAAGUCGAGGAGCAUGAACUCACUACCGGACCCCUCUCCAUCCUCCAGACCGCCGUCCGCUCGCGCACACAAGUCCUGAUCUCCUGCCGAAACAACCGCAAGAUACUCGCACGUGUCAAGGCUUUCGACCGUCAUUGCAACAUGGUUCUCGAGAACGCAAAAGAGAUGUGGACUGAGACUCCGCGGUUAGCGAACGGCCAGUACGGCAGGAAGGUCAACAAGGACCGCUUCAUCUCUAAACUAUUCCUUCGGGGCGAUUCGGUUAUUCUUGUUCUGCUUUCAUAA